AUGCCGCUCAAAGGUCUCGACGACCUCCGCGAGCCCUCAGGUAGGUCCAGAGCCGCCUUUCCUGCGCCACUGACGUCGAAUGCUGUGGUCAAUGAUCAAUGUUAUUACCCCGCACCUUCUGGACCCCCGUCUCGGACGCUCGACAACAAUCACAAGGCAAGGGUUAUCUGGUCAUGGUGUCUCCCCGUUAUCCUGCACAGCAGGUUGUUCAUCUGCCAUCCUCUUCGGGUCUCCUUCCGCGGCUUCCGGCUCAUACUUGGACUCAUGAUCAUCAACAUUCCUAUCUCUCUAUUUCACCCCCGCGGGCGAACGGGCGAUGACGGCUUACGAUCGAAGGCUGCAUCGGAGAAACGUGCGACUCUGUUAGCUGUCCAGCCUGUUCUCGUAUCGACACCACCCAUACAAGGCGUUGGUGCCAAUGCACAUCAUGAAUACAUGCCUGCCUAG